AUACACCAGCUGAACUUAGAGCUCAUUUCAAAAAACUUAAUUGGACACGUGUUGUAGCUUUCCAAACACGAAAUCCAAUGCAUCGCGCUCAUCGUGAGUUAACUGUUAGAGCUGCGAGAAUUCGACAAGCAAAUGUUCUCAUUCAUCCAGUAGUCGGUUUAACCAAACCUGGUGAUAUUGAUCAUUACACAAGAGUUCGUGUAUAUCAAGCUAUCAUGCCAAAAUAUCCUAAUGGAAUGGCUACUCUUAGCUUAUUACCUUUAGCAAUGAGAAUGGGUG